CAGUACUGCGUUUUGUAACACUACCCUGGGUCCGCCUUCAGGCUCUAUAUACCAGAUCACCUCGUGUCCCGUGUCGCUUCGCAAACUUAUCUCAAGUCAUUAUAAUGAACUGUUUGUUUCUAGACUAUUUAAAAUAUACCCGAUUUGAAUACUGAAAACCGAGCAGACUGGAUUCACCAGAGAUAAACGCAGCGGAAUGGAUUCACCAAAUACCUUAUUUGCGUUCGAUUGUUUUCAUUAGUUAACUUGAGCUAAACACACUAGAACAACGUGUUUUUCUUAAGUAUGGUGAAACCAAAGUUUAGGAAUUGUAAGUAUCGAGAAACAAAAAGGACUUGAUUUAAGCUUUAUGCAUUAACUUUAUGCAAGAACUUACUUUGCUCAUUAGGACAUUCUUGCAGGGAUUUUAGAAAAAGGGAAGGUUAAGCAGAAUUAAUUGCGUGCCUUUCAUCUGAACGGGGGUGAUUUAAAAGGAGACUUCUUUUACGUCCAGCGCACUCCGGGAGUAUAGAAAGGAGUGGUGUAGAUUCCUCUAUACUAUUGAACCGUAAACACGUUCAAAAUGGUUACAACGUACGCUUUACCGGAGGGGUUCACGGACUCUGAUAUGGUUACAUUCGGGUCUGCAUUUCUUAUGGAAGGUGUCCUUGGAUUCUUUCUCAAUGCCAUCUCAGUAGUUUCAUUCCUUGCAGUUAAGGAGAUGCGAACCCCAAGUAAUUUCUUUAUCUUUAACCUGGCCCUGGCUGAUGUUAGUCUUAAUGUGAAUGGCAUCAUUGCUGGCUAUGCAAGCUUUCUAAGACACUGGCCUUUUGGGGUAAGUGGUUGUCAGAACCAUGCCUUCCAGGGAAUGGUGUCUGCCCUUGCCAGCAUCAACUUCAUUGGUGCAGUUGCCUGGGACAGAUACCACCAGUACUGCACCAAACAGAAGCUGUUUUGGAGUAGUUCAAUGACUAUGUCUGGUAUAGUCUGGGUGCUCUCUAUCUUCUGGGCUUUCCUUCCCCUGGCUGGAUGGGGUGAAUAUGGCUUUGAGCCCCUAGGAACGAGCUGUACUCUGGACUACAGCAAGGGUGACAGGAACUACACCACCUACAUGCUGACCCUGACCUUCUUCUACCUGAUAAUCCCAGCUCUGACCAUGCUCACGUCUUACCAGUCCAUUCAGAAGCACUUCAAAAAGACCAGGAAGUACAAGUUAAACACUGCCUGGCCAUUGAGGGUAAUGCUGGUUUGCUGGGGACCUUAUGUCCUCCUCUGUAUGUAUGCCAGUAUUGACAACGCCUUGGCUAUCAGUCCAAAGUUUAGAAUGGUGCUUCCUGUUUUGGCAAAAACCACCCCUAUCUUUCACUCCCUCCUGUACGCCUUUGGAACUGAGAGCUACAGGGCAGGAAUCUGGCAGUUCCUCACCGGAAAGAAAAUGGCGUUGCCGCCACCUGAAAAGUCUAAAAAAUAAACCAUUGUCCCAUC